CUAUUACUCCUAUAUUCCUAUGUUGUAUACUCCUGAAAAUUUCUGAUUUUGAAAUAUGCUCACUAUAGGACAAUAAAAGAAACAGAAAGAAGGAGAGGAGAGAGAAAGUGUGAUAGAGGAGUUGUACCAGGCAGGUACAACGCCCCACGAUCUUCUCCAAAUUUCCAUUUUUUCUGACACUACCACAAACUCCAAGCUCUACUAAAAUCCCUCAUGCCUUUUUCACAGAAAGGCAAAAUCAACACAUUCUCCACCAAAAGAAACGUAUACUGACAGUGAAGUUAGCAAACUGUUUGUAGAAGUUUAAGAUGGGUGACUCGGAAACUAUGGAAGCAGUUUUGAAAGAUGCUGUAGAGUUGGAGAAUGUUCCUGUAGAGGAGGUCUUUAAGCAACUAAGGUGUGAUAGAUAUGGUCUUACACCGGAGGCUGCUGAACACCGACUUGAAAUUUUCGGACCCAACAAGCUUGAAGAGAAGGAGGACAGUAAGUUUCUGAGGUACCUCGGGUUCAUGUGGAACCCUCUUUCUUGGGUGAUGGAAGCUGCAGCAAUCAUGGCAAUCGCUCUUGCCAAUGGAGGAGGGAAGCCUCCUGAUUGGCAGGACUUCGUUGGAAUUGUUAUACUUCUGUUUAUCAAUUCAACAAUUAGUUACAUUGAAGAGACUAAUGCAGGUAACGCCGCAGCUGCUCUAAUGGCACGUUUGGCUCCCAAAUCUAAGGUGCUUCGUGAUGGAAUUUGGAGUGAGCAGGAUGCAGCUGUACUCGUUCCAGGUGACAUUAUUUCUAUUAAGCUUGGUGAUAUCAUCCCAGCCGAUGCUCGUCUCCUGGAAGGGGAUCCCUUGAAGAUUGAUCAGUCUUCACUCACUGGGGAGUCACUGCCUGUGACCAAACACCCGGGUGAUGGUGUCUAUUCAGGUUCUACAUGCAAACAGGGAGAAAUAGAAGCUGUUGUCAUUGCAACGGGUGUGCAUACGUUCUUUGGCAAGGCUGCUCACCUUGUAGACUCCACAAACCAAGUUGGCCACUUCCAAAAGGUCUUGACUGCUAUUGGGAACUUCUGUAUCUGUUCUAUUGCUGCGGGAAUGUUGGCGGAGAUAAUAGUUAUAUAUGCAAUUCAACACCGUCCAUAUCGUGUUGGAAUUGAUAACCUAUUAGUGCUUCUCAUUGGCGGAAUUCCUAUCGCUAUGCCAACAGUUUUAUCUGUUACCAUGGCUAUAGGUUCCCAUCGCUUAUCUGAGCAGGGUGCAAUUACAAAGAGAAUGACAGCUAUAGAGGAAAUGGCAGGAAUGGAUGUGCUUUGCAGUGACAAAACUGGAACUCUGACAUUAAAUAAGCUGUCUGUUGACAAGAACCUUGUGGAGGUUUUUGUCAAAGAAGUUGAUGCAGAUACAGUGGUAUUGAUGGCAGCUCAAGCCUCUCGAAUGGAGAACCAAGAUGCAAUAGAUGCUGCUAUAGUUGGGACAUUAGCUGAUCCUAAGGAGGCUCGUCUAGGCAUUGAAGAAGUUCAUUUUCUUCCUUUUAAUCCAAAUGACAAGCGAACAGCUCUGACAUACAUUGACAGUGACGGGAUGCACAGAGUUAGCAAAGGUGCACCAGAGGAGAUCUUAAAUCUUGUCCAUAAUAAAUUGGAGAUAAAGCACAAAGUUCAUGCGGUGAUAGAUAAGUAUGCAGAGCGAGGACUAAGAUCUCUUGCUGUGGCAUACCAGGAGGUUCCUGAUGGUACAAGGGACAGUUCUGGAGGUCCGUGGCAGUUAAUUGGCCUCCUGCCUCUUUUUGACCCACCACGAAAUGAUAGUGCAGACACAAUACGAAGGGCACUAGACCUAGGAGUGAAUGUGAAAAUGAUUACAGGUGACCAAUUGGCAAUUGCCAAGGAAACAGGGCGUCGACUGGGAAUGGGUACUAAUAUGUAUCCUUCAGCCGCAUUGCUAGGACAGGAGAAGGAUGAGGCUCUUGCUGCUUUACCCAUUGAUGAGCUAAUCGAGAAAGCUGAUGGUUUUGCUGGUGUCUUUCCCGAGCAUAAAUAUGAUAUUGUGAAACGCUUGCAAGCAAGAAACCAUAUAUGUGGAAUGACGGGUGAUGGAGUUAAUGAUGCUCCUGCUCUUAAGAAAGCUGACAUAGGCAUAGCUGUUGCUUGUGCGACUGAUGCAGCUCGCAGUGCUUCUGACAUUGUCUUGACAGAACCCGGACUUAGUGUCAUAAUUAGUGCUGUUUUGACAAGCAGGUCAAUUUUCCAGAGAAUGAAAAAUUACACUAUCUAUGCAGUUUCUAUUACAGUACGUGUUGUGUUAGGGUUCAUGCUACUGGCUCUCAUAUGGAAGUUUGAUUUCCCACCCUUCAUGGUGCUGGUAAUUGCCAUCCUCAAUGAUGGUACAAUCAUGACGAUAUCAAAAGAUCGGGUUAAACCAUCCCCCCAUCCAGACAGUUGGAAGCUGUCGGAGAUAUUUACCACUGGAAUUGUUCUUGGCAGCUACUUAGCGAUGAUGACCGUCCUUUUCUUCUGGGCUGCAUAUAAAACAGAUUUUUUCCCUCGCACAUUUGGGGUGCCAACGCUUGAAAAAACAACUCAUGAUGACUACAGAAAGCUUGCCUCAGCUGUAUACCUACAAGUCAGCAUCAGUAGCCAGGCCCUGAUAUUUGUGACUCGAUCUAGAAGCUGGUCUUUUUUUGAGCGCCCUGGCCUGUGGCUGGUGUCAGCUUUUAUUGCGGCUCAGCUGAUCGCAACACUGAUUGCUGUGUAUGCAAAUUGGGCUUUUGCUGCGAUUGAGGGAAUUGGAUGGGGUUGGGCUGGUGUAAUUUGGCUUUACAACCUUGUAUUCUACCUUCCCCUUGAUGUUCUCAAGUUUGCUACCCGGUAUGCUCUCAGCGGGAAGGGAUGGGAUCUUCUCAUUGAGCAAAGAAUUGCAUUCACAAGUCAAAAGAACUUUGGUAAAGAAGCAAGGGAACUCAAAUGGGCUCAUGCUCAUAGGACACUCCAUGGACUGCAUCCACCUGAAACCAAGAUGUUUACUGACAGAAGCCGCGCUUCAGAGCUUAACCAACUCGCUGAAGAGGCAAAGAGACGAGCUGAAAUUGCAAGGCUUCAGGAGCUGCAUACUCUAAAAGGACACGUGGAGUCGGUGAUUAAGCUGAAGGGUCUUGAUAUUGGUUCAAUUCAGCAAGCAUACACAGUGUGAUGAGUACGUAGAUGAUUUAAUUGAUCUUCUUCGUACAGAAUCCAGCUUGGCUAUGGUAUUGGUUAGAACUUAGAAGCUGAACACAAGUGCAUAGAGAUCAAAGUCAAAUCGAUAUAGCAUAUGCUACUCUGAAUAGUAUAUGUACAAACUGCUCUGAAUAGUCUGACGUACAAACUGGUCUAAUGUUUGACAUUCAGCAUAUGUAAAUUUGCUGAUCUGAAAUAAGCUAAGAGGCGUUUGAAUUA